ACUUAAAAGAAUCACCAUGGCUUCUCUCCUUGGAGGUUCCUCUUCUGCAGCACUUGUAGGCUUGAGCAAAGGUCAUAUUCUAUCAGACAUGGAAGAUGAAGAGGAUCUUUUUGAGAUCGAUCUCGAGGCAGUUGAGAGUAUUCCUCCUCCGCAGUACAACUGGGACAGUUAUUUUACUGCAGCUGGAGACGUUCUUCUUGCGAAUUGCUUGCUGCCCGUAACUGAUAUCUCUCGUGCGAUUCCAACAGUUUCAGAAGCAUUGGCAUAUAAGACAAGUGCUAAUGUUGUAAUGAUCCCGGAACCGGUGCCCUUGGGACAGCUUCUUAGGCUGCCAUUCUUGGAGGCUUUUGGUCUUCACCAAAAGAGAGCUAACCCUCAAUGGGAUUUCGUUAAAAAAAAAUGAAACCCGUUUAGACGCUGGGACUGAGUCAUUCAGAAGUAGAAGAAGUUCCUUCAAUCUUGAUUCUGUAAGUGAUGAUAUUGCAAUCUACGGAGGCUAACUGUUGGUCCCCGGCGGAUGCUGUAUGUAAGUGUCUUCCUCUCACUUUGAUAGUCCCAUAUCAUUUUGCUAUAUACAGAUAUUUGGUAGUACGACGUCUUAGAAUUAACAAUUUCCGAACUUUUAAUUGAA